AUGCUGCGCCUGGGACUGUGCGCGGCAGCCCUGCUGUGCGUGUGCCGGCCCGGCGCGGUGCGCGCGGACUGCUGGCUCAUCGAGGGGGACAAGGGCUACGUGUGGCUGGCCAUCUGCAGCCAGAACCAGCCGCCCUACGAGACCAUCCCGCAGCACAUCAACAGCACGGUGCACGACCUGCGGCUGAACGAGAACAAGCUCAAGGCCCUGCUCUACUCCUCGCUCAACCGCUUCGGGAACCUCACGGACCUCAACCUCACCAAGAACGAGAUCUCCUACAUCGAGGACGGCGCGUUCCUGGGCCAGUCCAGCCUGCAGGUGCUGCAGCUGGGCUACAACCGGCUGAGCAACCUGACGGAGGGCAUGCUCCGCGGCAUGAGCCGCCUGCAGUUCCUCUUCGCGCAGCACAACCUCAUCGAGGUGGUGACGCCCACGGCCUUCGCCGAGUGCCCGAGCCUCAUCAGCAUCGACCUCUCCUCCAACCGCCUCAGCCGCCUGGACGGCGCCACCUUCGCCGGCCUGGCCAGCCUGAUGGUGUGCGAGCUGGCCGGCAACCCCUUCAACUGCGAGUGCGACCUCUUCGGCUUCCUCGCCUGGCUGGUGGUGUUCAACAACGUCACCAAGAACUACGACCGCCUGCAGUGCGAGUCGCCCCGCGAGUUCGCCGGCUACCCGCUGCUCGUGCCCCGGCCGUACCACAGCCUCAACGCCAUCACCGUCCUGCAGGCCAAGUGCCGCAACGGCUCGCUGCCCGCCCGGCCCGUGAGCCACCCCACGCCCUACUCCACGGACGCCCAGAGGGAGCCCGACGAGAACUCGGGCUUCAACCCGGACGAGAUCCUGUCGGUGGAGCCGCCGGCCUCGUCCACCACCGACGCCGCCGCCGGCCCGGCCAUCAGGCUCCACCACGUCACCUUCACCCUGGCCACCCUGGUGGUGACCAUCCCCCACCCGUACAGCAAGAUGUACGUGCUGGUCCAGUACAACAACAGCUACUUCUCCGACGUCAUGACCCUCAAGAACAAGAAGGAGAUCGUGACGCUGGACAAGCUGCGGCCGCACACCGAGUACACCUUCUGCGUGACCUCGCUCCGCAACAGCCGCCGCUUCAACCACACCUGCCUGACCUUCACCACGCGGGACCCCGUCCCCGGCGACCUGGCGCCCGGCACCUCCACCACCACGCACUACAUCAUGACCAUCCUGGGCUGCCUCUUCGGCAUGGUGCUGGUGCUGGGCGUGGUGUACUACUGCCUGCGCAAGCGCCGCCUGCAGGAGGAGAAGCAGAAGUCCAUCAACGUCAAGAAGACCAUCCUGGAGAUGCGCUACGGGGCGGACGUGGACGCCGGCUCCAUCGUGCACGCCGCCGCCGCCGCCCAGAAGCUGGGCGAGCCCCCCGUGCUGCCCGUGGCCCGCAUGUCCUCCAUCCCCUCCAUGAUCGGGGAGAAGCUGCCCGCCUCCAAGGGGCUGGAGGCCGGCCUGGACACCCCCAAGGUGGCCACCAAAGGCAACUACAUCGAGGUCCGCACGGGGGGCGCCGCCGCCGCGGGGGACGGCCUGGCCCGGCCCGAGGACGACCUCCCGGACCUGGAGAACGGCCAGGGCUCGGCCGCCGAGAUCUCCACCAUCGCCAAGGAGGUGGACAAGGUCAACCAGAUCAUCAACAACUGCAUCGACGCCCUCAAGCUGGACACGGCCUCCUUCCUGGGGGGCGGCGGCGGCGGCGGAGGAGGCGGAGGCGGAGGAGGAGGCGGCGGCGGCGGGGACCCCGAGCUGGCCUUCGAGUGCCAGCCCCUGCCCGCGGCCGCCGCGGCCUCGUCCUCGGUGAGCGUGGGCGCCGCCCCGGGGGGAGCCCUGGAGCGGCCCAGCUUCCUGUCGCCCCCUUACAAGGAGGGCGCCCACCACCCGCUGCAGCGGCAGCUCAGCGCGGACGCCGCCGUGGCGGCCCGCAAGACCUGCAGCGUGUCCUCCAGCGGCUCCGUCAAGAGCGCCAAGGUCUUCAGCCUGGACGUGCCCGACCACCCGGGGGCCGCGGGGCUGGCCAAGGGCGACUCCAAGUACAUCGAGAAGGGCAGCCCCCUCAACAGCCCGCUGGACCGGCUGCCGCUGGUGCCCGGGGGCGCGGCGGGGGGCGGCGGCGGGGGCGGCGGGGGCGUCCACCACCUCGAGGUGAAGCCGGCCUACCACUGCAGCGAGCACCGGCACAGCUUCCCCGCCCUCUACUACGAGGAGGGGGCCGACAGCCUGAGCCAGCGCGUGUCCUUCCUGAAGCCGCUCGCCCGCUCCAAGCGGGACUCGGCCUACUCGCAGCUCUCCCCCAGACACUACUACUCGGGGUACUCCUCCAGCCCCGAGUACUCGUCCGAGAGCACGCACAAGAUCUGGGAGCGCUUCCGGCCCUACAAGAAGCACCACCGGGAGGAGGUGUACAUGGCCGCGGGCCACGCCCUGCGCAAGAAGGUCCAGUUCGCCAAGGACGAGGACCUGCACGACAUCCUGGAUUACUGGAAGGGGGUCUCGGCCCAGCAGAAGCUGUGA